AUGCAUAUCAGCCUUGACAACAUUAGCUUCUACUCUCACCCUCCUACAAAGCCCUCCUCGCCUGCGCUCCCUGCUUCCUGUUGGAGGGCCUAUAAUGCCUCUGUGGCUCCUCACCCUCUUCCCCGUGCCCUCCCGCCGAGGCCGUAUUUUCAAGAAGCGACCUUCAGCUCAGCAUUUGGUGCCAGCACUGAUAUCUCUCUGGCAACCCCAGAUGCCCUGAAGGAAAAUUUGGAUUCUCGUGCGGGAAAUGAAUUUGAUAUCGAAAUAGAGAGAGCUAUGACGCAAAACGGCCAGGAAACGCAUGAGACCGACUUGGACGUGCACAUCGACUCAGGGCUCCGAAACGAAUGUCACACCGACAUGCCUGAAAGUGACCACACAUACUUAGUAACUGAUCAUCCAGACCGAUGCCCUUCGGGAGAUUCUCUUGAUGACUCAGAUACGGCUUUUAUCCCGGCAGAACCUCAGUUGCGUCAUGCUGACCCGCCCAUUGCCUCAACCGUUGCCCCAACCGACCUGCUUAGAUGGCACCGAGAUAGUACCUCGUCGCUAGGAACUUAUGAUGAGACUGACAAGAGCCCUGCUCCGCCCGAAGUCAGCUUGGCUUGCCCGCGUGUCUUGCCAUCACCUCCGACAGAUGUACCAGCAUGGCCUAGCAUUGAAACCAUUAUCCAAGAUGAAUCUGUCGUAGAUGACACCAUGUCCGGGUUAGAAAACCAUGGAGAUCAGACGGGUAUUACAAGAAAUGGGAUGACAACACAAAUUUUCCAGGUCAAUGAACCCUCAGUCAGCACGUCUAUUUCGGAUAAGGAUAUAAGAGGCAGACUCACUGAGAGUCAAGCCCGUGCCUUCUCCCGUCUUGGACCUCAAACUCGCUCGGUCAACCAAUCACAAGCCAUACUGGCAAACUCUCCAUCCCUUUGUACGCGACAAAAGGCAAAGUCCGCCCAGCGAGAGCAAUUUCCUGCCGUUUCCGUUGUCAUCCCUGUCCGCCGAAACGAUGAAGUGGAUGCAAGGGCCAAGAAGAAAUCUCUAACCAGAAUACGACGGUGUAGUCGCUCGAGCGACAACGGCAACGACAUUGACAACCUCGAGAAAGUUCGAGUAACACGGACGUCGAUGAGCAAUUAUUCACCGUCGUCAGGUGGACCUAAUUUCAAGGCAAGGAGGCGCCCACUGAAAACGUCGAAGAGGGCAAAGAGAAACGUCUUAGCCCCGAGCAAUGAUAUCGUCGGAAAAUGCCCUGAUCAGUCCCAAACGCCCUCAGGGGGUGGUUUGGCUGUCUCAUUGGAUCAAACUCAAGAGAUUUUCGGUCGUGGAGUUCUCCGUAUCCAAACUCAAGGUCCUCGACAGGCCUACUUCAUGACGUUCCUUCCAGAGGUUUCUCAUCCUUCCUGUAUACCGUCACCGUCUGAAAUGCCUCCUGAACAGUCCCCACAACAGCCUUUACAACAGCCUUCACGUUUUGAAGAUUUUUCUGAGAACGCAUCCUCGCGACAGGUGGGACGCAAAAAAGGCCAUAAGCGAAACAUAGCUGCAGCCUGUGGGGACGGAGACGGGCGGUCGACCAAGCUGCCACGACACUUGCCAUCUCGUGAUGGUCGCAACGAAGCCCAGCGAAAGCGCAGGAGGCGCUUGCGGUGGUCUUCAGAAGAGGUGAAUUUUUUGCUAGAGUUAAGAAGAGACGAGCAACGACCGUGGUCGGAGGUGACAAGCUUAUUUUUGGACCGAUAUCCGGGAAGAAGUCCUGCUGCGAUCCAAGUAUACUGGAGUACGUGUCGGCGUCGAGAAGGCAAGACUAAGAGCGCGCCAACUACCGUCUAA